AUGGACGGCCGAACGAGGGCGCCGGCCCGGUCCAGAAAGAGACAGCGCAGCAACUCUCCCGCAGCCGGUCCGUCGAAGCGUGCUAAUACAACCAAUAAUCACAACACUGGGGGCGACGAGGACAGUGACAGCGUUAUCGAGGUGAGAGUGGAAGAAUCAGAAGAGGAGGGUGAAGACAAGUAUGCCGUCCGGGAGCAACGAUUUGCCGUAAGGCGGGAGAGGGAUGCCGACAGCCUGACCUGCAAUUUCUGCCUCAACCUUGAACUCAGUUCAAAGGGGAAAGCCCCGGCGUGCAAUAGGCAAAUCAUCGAUGGGUUGGUCCAUGAAUGCCAAACGUGUGCCGACCACAGAUAUCAGUCGGGAGACCUGGAUCAUCAAUGCUUCCGUACGGGUCAGCAUCCAGACCUACAAGUGUUCAAACGCCACUCGAAUUUCCACCCAGUCAACUACCCCAAGCCCAUCACCUGCGAGGAGUGUAAAGACAACAGAAAGGUGAAAAAUAGCCGUUGCGAUGCCGACCCUUUCCUGCAGCUACGAUGUACAAACUGCAUGAAGACCAAGGACAGUGAGUCGAAGCUCUGCCUGGUCAAAGCUAGCACGGGCGACGCCGACUUGGGCUGGGGAUACGAGGUCGAAAGACAAAUGGGCCCCAAGCCGAAUCUUCAAAAGGGAAGACGGAGGUGGUUUCGGCGCGAGUGUGACAUUUGCAAGAGCAAGCCUGACAAGGAAAAGGGCCAAGUCUGCAGCUGGUUGGACUCGCGCCAAACCGGGGAGCCCGGAGAUGUUCGUGAGCCCUGCCUCCAGUGCAAGGAAGGCAAGAUGUCCUGCUUUGACGGCGGCAUGCUGGUUGGACAUCCCGACAGCUUGGAGGUGCCUACCGAGUGGUCGACCAGGGGCGAUCUGGGCGGCGGAUGGGUGGAAUUGAGAGGCGACAAGGGCGUCGUGACGAGGCCUCAGUGCAAACAGUGCCACGCCCAGAAGCGUCACUGCAGGGCGUCGGCAAAGCACGCCGAGUACGCCUGCAACUGGUGCUGGCAGACGGGCAUGGUGUGCCGGGACUUGAACGACGAGAACAAGAUCUACCCGCUCUUUGACCUCAGCAGGGUUGGCAUUGGCAACUUCUGCCCCUUUGCCCGGUGCGGCCGGUGCGAGGCCACGGGCAGAAACUGUGAUCGCCAACGACCCUGCGAUUCUUGUUUCUUCAACGGCGAAGGGGACAUGUGCGACAAGUGGCAUGCUGGAGCCCUGCGCACACUGAACUGCUUGAAUCGCCGCAUCAACCAUGGCGAGAACAUGAUGGUGAAGCCAGGACCGCUGUACUACUUGAGUAUGGGCUACGGACCGGAAGGCGUGGAUGACGAGAAGGACGGAACGCAGAUUGAGCACUACGUCGGCCCGCCGUUCGCGCGUUAUGCGUUCAAGACAGUCCCCGAUAGACCGGGCGAUGUUCUUGAGCAGAACAAGCAGGCCCUUGUGGCCGAAAUGCAAAGGAUGAGAUCGGCAUUGGUGGCUCGGGGCGUGCCUCCGCAUGGAGCUCCUGGCGGUGAACUUGACGGCAUGAAUGUGAAUGAUAUCACACUCGACCAGCUCAGGACCUGGCUGGUGAGACGGUGGCCAAGUUGGACGAGGCAGUGCGACAGAAAGGAGUAUGCAAAGCACAGAGACUUCAAAAUCGUUUCCAAAGCCUAUAUAAGGUCAAAGUUGAUGGAGGCUAGUGGAGGAAGCCCAAAUACAACCACACUCGUCGAGGAGUUGGGCGACGGAGAGGAGGACCUACAGACAAUGCCAGUUACAGAGUCGACCUCCAACAUCACCAGUGAGGGCGAUCGGACUGGAAUCGGCGCCGUUGAUGCCUACAUGGUCAGCACAGUCAGCACAGCUCCCAAUGUAGCCAACAAUGCUACCUUCAUGACGAUACCCAGCAACCUUCUCUCUGGAGGAAUCCCGCUUCGUCUUACCUUGCCCAACUCCGAGGAUUACCACGAGUACCACGACAACUCAUUGAAUGUCUACGACAUUCAAUCAGCUCGCUGGCGAGAGUUUCUCAGCCAAACUAGGCCACCUUGUGAAAAAGCCAUAUGGCAAGACUAUUAUCAAAACCCCACUGGAUCGACGGAUUUCGGCUUGUUCAGCGUCAUGAAUGGUUCUCUUGUCCGCCAUUCCCCCAUCAAUCAAGUCUUCCGCGGCAUUUCUUCCGACUCGGUCAACGUGCAACUCCAGCGUUUCCCAUGCAUAGAACAAAGACAGAUGUGCACUGGCUUGACCGAAAGACUUUGUCAAGAUAUUGAGCACGGCAACCUCCCCCAUUCAGUUUGUGAGUCUUGCGUACGAUAUGACAAUGGCCUUUUGUCUCAAAGCCCAGGCAGGAUGACCAAGUUCGACAUCGUAGCAAUGCGUGCCUACUUUUGCAAUUCUUGCCACAGUCGCGUCAUUGGGGGAUCCCUCACUGACUUGUACUUGCUCGGUGCAAAGAACGUCUGGGGCUGCCGGUUCACAAACAACGCCACCAUCGGUGGAAGUGUAGCUGUCAACGGCCGAAAUAUGAAUCUUUUCCCCUUUGAGCAUCCCAUUACUGGAUGCACUUGCGGUUUCCACAUCUUCAACUCGCACCUGUGUCUGCCUGAUCGAAUCAAGUACGCACGCUACGCCUUGUAUCAAAGCAACAGGAUGAGGGAGUGGCGAGUCGCGGAAGAGGAGAAAGAUCUGUGCCCAGUAUGUCUCGUACACCACCCGAAAGACGUGGCCACCGCUUCACCAUCAUAUCACGAACUCCUUUCCGCGGAUGGGACGUCAACGGAAGAAACAGUGUCGUGGGCAUGUCUUGUGUGUGGCGGACUGGUCCUCAACCAGCCAAAGAAGAACGCAAUAAUUGGUGGCUGGUUUAACUGGUUUCCUACAGCGGUAGUGUCAGACUGGGGCAUUGAUCAUGCAGCGAGUUUUUGA